AUGGCAGGAUACAUGGAUCCUGAUGAUACUUAUUCGAAGGUUGGGGGAGAAUCGGGGAUGACUUUGAAGAAUGAAAAUUACGGUGUUCAAGGACAUGAUCCGGGUGGACCUCGAAACGCGGCGAAUAAACUACCCCCGCCUGGUAUGAUCUCCGGAGGACGUAACGCGCUUAUAAAUGGGAGAACCGGCAUCCAUGGCCAAGGGGGGCGGACAGUUGCCAAGGAAUGUCUUAUCGACAGCAGGGAUGGUCUUAUUAACUCAAAGCAAUGUAAGCCUUCAUUUGACAUGUUCAGACUUUACCACCAUCCUGACGAAGAUCUACAAUAUCGCAUAGACUUGAUCGAAAAGCCCGCGUCUACACGCCCUACAUCUCAGUCCUCAUUGCAAUACACUUCAAGAGGGAACAUGUUUGCAACGAUUGCGGUACCGGUCUUCCUCCUCUCAUCCAUACCCGUUGCACGCGCCGCUGAUAGCGGCGACGACUUUACGAACAACCUAUUCAGUGACCUCGCGCCGGUUCUUGCCUUAUUUGGAGAACAGGUAGUUAAGCAGUUCAUGAGCGAGUCCUCUGGCUGGGCGGACAACGUUCUUUUCGCCAUGGCUCCUUUAGGUGUCAUUACCGGUGUCGUGAGCGCGAUCAGGGUAGCGGGGCAUCCAUGGCUAAAGGCACUCGUUGGACGGGCAAAGGAAGGUCUAGCUCAAGCAGAGCUUGAGUUGAUGUCGUCAAAUUCGCCAGAUGUGGGCGAGAUGUGGAAUGGCCAAGCCGUCGUUCGGGUGCUGGGUAAACCGUCGAUUUUCCAGUUCAUAUAUAGUCCGGAUACUAUCGCUUCGGGCACCGCAUCACCAAGCACCGUUGCCUCCGACCCGCCACCACAGACUCCACCGCAGACACCACCGGGAAUACCACUACAGACGCUACAGGGAACACCACCACAGACACCACCGGGAACACAGCCACAAGACACCUCAUCGCCAAGCGUGCCAACCGUAUUGGAUAGCCCUGAAGCAGGAGGCACUGCGGAAUUAGACCUUACCUCAAAAAUCGAUAUCUUGAGCGAUAGUAAUGCAUUUUUCGAACGCCGAAGAGCGGAACCAGCUCCCGAACAGCCGAGUGAUCGAGGUCACGAAUGGCACGACAAUAUUGAUAUCGAGAUGCGUCCACUCCUCCGUCUCGCUGGGGAACUAGCUGAUCCACAAGAAAUAAGUAACGAGGACAAUCCACCAAAUAUCUCCCUUAAUGCAAGAGGGAGGCUUAUCGGUGACCGCGAGAAGUGGUCAAUGGCCGCUCUUGCAGUCGCAGCCCAGCUCGCAGUACUCAUUUUUGACUACUUGAUUUCCUAUCAUCCGCGCUUAAAGACUCGAUUUUUGAAAGACGGCGUAAGUCCAUCUCCGCAAUCCUUUCCAUGUACGAUAUUUGGAACUGUAUGUCUCAGUCUGGGCAUGCUUGUCUGUUCCUACGUCGUCGACUCUGCCUCCACGGAGGAAACCUGGGUUCUCAAGGACAAAACCUCCAACUGUAAGGUGGCAUGGAUACAAAUGGGAGGGACCGUAAAUGAUCAAGAGUUUUCCCCCUAUCUGAUCUUUGGGCAUCAAGGCCAGCAGAAAAUCAGAACGUCCCAUCGUUGCCAUCCUAGAGGCCAGUCUAAGCUACGGUUCUGGGUCCUGGUAUCCACGUGUGCCAGCAUAGUCGGCUUUGUUACGCAAUUCAUAGGCCUAAGAGGGAUGAAUUGGGCAGCUACCAUUGCGCAGCUAGCAGCUACUGCCUUUGUGACUGCCCUAAGGUCUUUUGCCCGCCGGCGGAUGUCAAAGGAGCCUAUCGUCUCAAGAGCUGUGAAAGGCUACGAGCUGGACUGUAUGGCUCGUAAAGUGAGCGAUUGCCUUGGUUGGAAGGUCAUUUCCGAAAUUCCCUAUAGUAUUCCGGCGGAACAGCGUGAUAGCUUUGCACAUAGUGUGGUGUUGACGCGCAAGCGUCUGGGUCGUCUCUCGGGUUGGCCUGCAGAUGUCCAGGACGUUGCAAAUGCCCUUUGCGCUUCAAUGGAACAAACUCUCAACUACGUCCACCAAACGAAGAACAUGAAACUACGAAAAAGUGCAAGCGAAUCCCUGGAGUUCCGGUUUACAUUGGCAGCGCUCGCAUUGAAGGAGGAACAUCCCCCACGCUCUUCUCAUGCUUCCACCUCCCCUCCGCUUCCUACCUCAUCUGCUCCACCUGCAACCACGUCUCACCAUUAUACCUACUUGCCAUUUCAGUUUACAAGGCCAAGCCUUGUGGAACAGUGGAGAAUGAGCGACGAUAUGAGAGAGGAGAUUUCCGCUGUUCUCUCGUUAUGGAAACUGCACUCUGUCGAAGAGGAAAGCUUCUACAAUAAAGGAUAUAUUUCACCUGAUGGAAAGGAUUUAGAUGAUAUCCAAAGAAUAGCACAAGUCCUUCCAUGGCCGAGUCUUGCUGUGCAUCGAAGGGCAUUCGGGCUAUGGAUGGGCAGGCACGAUAUAGAAGUAGUAAGGAAACAUCCUCAAGAUAUUUCUAGGGACGCAGCUUCCCCGAUCCCGAUACACCGCAUCAUUGGUACAUCUAGAACUGGGGAAGACCCACAUGUGGCCAUACAUCCAAGCGAGUCAGUAAAGAAACUGUUUGCCCAGCAAAUAUUCUCGACGUUUCUUUCAGAACUUUUAACUUUCGUCAGCGAAACCACCGGGCCAGCAGGGCGAAAUCUCGAUCAGUGGAAGCUACAGGGGCUGCACCAUGGCGCGACAUCGCAGCUUGCGGGAUUAAUAAGCGAGACUGGUCUUGGAACCCGGGAAGAAAUCCAUAUGCUUUUGAUUACUCAUUUCGGGGAUCACAAACUUCUACCGCCACAAAGCCAUCACGAAAGAGCACGCGAGGCGCAUUUUCGUAUUGAACGCGCCCUCAGAAAGUCUCGUCUUGAUAAUAAGUGGGAUCUCACUGCUUCACAUAUCCUGAACCUACUCAGUGCUUACUCGGCACCCCAACAUUCCUUGACUACCAUAAAACGCGACAAUUCAGUAUUACUUACAAUACUUGACGAUUCUCCAACAUCGCAUAUGAAAGUUGACGAACCUGAUGUCGCGUGUAUGGCGCGACGAUUCAUCACAAGAUUAGCGUCUUUUCUCGAUCCGGCGGAAGGAAACCAUCUUAAACGACCCAACCACUCAAAGGCUUUAUUCUUGCAAUGGUUGAGGGAUAUUGACCUCAAUACCUUAAACUCACUUCCCUCACCCGCUCCUGUAAAAGAAUGGGAGCUUGAAGAUACUCCUAUAAUCGAUGCGCUGAUUGGUAACGCCAAUAAAUACCUGGAUCCUAAAGAUUCCGAGAAAGCUACCAUUUUACUAGAGAAAUUUAUCAACUUUGAGAAAAAGGGCGAUUUGGCAGAUCCCCAUUGUUUGACGUGGGAGGAGUUGAAACCCUUAAGGAGGCUUAUGGAUUCUCAGGAUGAGGCGGAAAGAGUGGCGAUUAUGAAGGAAGCAACCAAAUGUGGAUAUGUCUCAGUGCUUGAAGCAUUGUUGGACUUUAGCCCAAGCCUACAACAUCCAGAAAGUAAUUCGUUGGUCAUAGCAUCCGCAAGAGACGGCCCCACCAUUUACCACUUCUUGACCCAGCUUUUCUGGUAUUUUCCACCUGAGUACCGCCAGUUCCAGACAACGCAACAACCGAUGCUACUAUUUAAGGCCGUGGAGAUCGGUGACCGACACCUCACGAGAGAACUAGCAAAGCACAGUAUGCCCGAGUCAGCAGAUCAAUAUCGACAAACAUGUUUGAUUCUAGCCGCGUGGAAUAAUCACCAGAUAAUUGUAGAGGAUUUAUUGGAAGACGGUGCCAAAGUUGACGGCUGUGUGUUUGGCCGUUAUAACAAGGCUCUGCUGUUAACCAGGUUCAACCACCGAGAUGAAUGGUUGCGGCACGAGUGGAUCACUGAUAGCUUUACGAGCUACGUUAAUAGCAGUCCGAAAUCGACAGAAGUAGUAAAAGGGCCACGACCGGGGAGCGGGGCUAAGGGAGAUUAUCGUGGCGUCGUUGAGGAGUUUCUGGGAACGGGAAAUAUUCCUAUGGCAAUUGCUGCAAUCUCAGUCCGAACAGCACUACAAGCGGCAGCAGAAAGGGGUCAUCUUUCCAUGGUUAGAUAUCUCGUCGAAAAAAAGGAAGCCAAUGUUAACACAGGACACUAUGGGCAAUCCUGGCGUUCGGCCCUGCAGGCAGCGGCAGGGGGAGGCCACCUUCAAGUCGUGGAGAUGUUGAUCAAGGCCGGGGCUCAAGUUAACAAGCCAGCAUGGGGAUAUUCGGGGCGAACAGCAUUGCAAGCAGCCGCUGAAUACGGUGAUCUCAAGGUGGUAGACCUAUUACUUGGGCACAACGCGAAAAUCAUUCCAACACCUACGUUUUCUCCCGACGGUGGGCUAUCCGCAUUAGCAGCAGCUGCAAAAGGCGGCCAUCUAGCGGUAGUGGACCGACUACUCGAGCGCAUCCUCGUGAAUGGCAGUUUAAAUCCAGAAGAGUGGGAUCUGGGCUCAGCGUUGAUUGCAGCUGCGCAAGGCGGCCAUCUAGCUGUGGUGAACGGACUAAUCGAGCGUAACGCACCUGUCGGGGGGAGCGCCUCCAUGUCCUUUGGACGAACUGCGUUGCAAGCAGCUGCUGCGGGUGGAAAUCUACAAGUCCUGGACCGCCUACUCGCGCUCGACUCAGAUAUCAAUGCAGCGGGUUCUGGCUACGGCGGUCGAACAGCAUUGCAGGCGGCGGCUGGCGGUGGCCAUUUAGCAGCAACGAAUUGGCUACUCGAGCGCAAUGCAGAUGUCGACGCACCGGCCUCUGACUCUGACGGUAGAACAGCCUUGCAAGCGGCGGCUGAAGGUGGUCAUUUAGCAGUAGUGGAGCGGCUAUUGGAGCGCAGUGCAGAUGUAAAUGCAGCCCCCGCCAAGGAUAAUGGAAGAACCGCACUACAAGCAGCUGCUGGCGGUGGCUAUCCAGAAGACGUGGACCGAGUACUCAAAGUUGUGGACCUACUACUCGACCGCAAUGCAGACGUCAACGCACCGGCUUCUGAUUCCGGCGGUCGAACAGCCUUGCAAGCGGCGGCGGCAAGUGGUCAUUUAGCAAUAGUGGAGCGGCUACUGGAGCGCAGUGCAGAUGUCAAUGCAGCUCCCGCAAAGAUUCGGGGACGAACUGCUUUGCAGGCUGCGGCAGAAGGCGGCCAUCUCGCAGUCGUGGAGCUACUACUGGCGCGCGGUGCAGAUGUAAAUGCAACUCCCGCCGAGCAUAGUGGGCGGACUGCUUUGCAGGCGGCGGCUGGAAACUGUCAUUUGGCAAUAGUGAAUCUGCUACUGGAGCGCGGUGCAGAUGUUAAUGCAACCCCCGCCAAGGACAAUGGGCGAACUGCUUUGCAAGCUGCUGCGCAGGGCGGCCAUCUGGGAGUCGUGGACCUCCUGCUGGAACACAAUGCGGAUGUCAAUGCACCGGCCAAUAAGUUCAUGGGUCGAACAGCCUUGCAAGAGGCUGCUGAAAAUGGUCAUCUGGCAAUAGCGAAGCGACUACUGAUCGAACACAACGCAGACAUCAACGCGGCUCGUGCAGAGAUAGAGGGGGUAUCUGCCCUAAACGCUGCUCAAAAAGGGCGUUACGAGGACAUUUAUAAUGUAUUCACGUCGUUUGGUGCGCUUUAG